CCUACCGACCCCUUUAUCAACAGCCAGAUACAAACUUUGAUCCAGACUUGUGAAACUGACAGAAGGAGGUACCAGACAGUCAAGGACUGUAACCAACUCCUAGAUUUCUGCGUCUACUCGCCCAAGUACUCCGCCUACGACGGCUGCAAAACCUACAUCAACGGGGUCAUCAAGGGCAUCUACGGAUUCGCUUUCUAGACCUUCAAACA